AUGGUCUUGACAGCAGUAUGGGAGUACUUGAUGAUGGCAAACACUCAAGGUCUCAUCGAUGGAGGACUUGCUGGAGUUUUCUGGGCCUACAUUUGGACCUUCUUUGGAUUCGGGUUUGUGGAGUUGUCAUUGGCAGAGAUGGCCUCGAUGGCACCCAUCUCCGGAGGUCAAUACCACUGGGUCUCUGAAUUUGCUCCUCCCAAGUAUCAGCAGUUUCUGAGCUACUUCACCGGAUGGAUGUCGACGCUGUCCUGGCAAGCUGGAAAUGCCUCAGGUUCCUUCCUGACAGGAACCAUUAUCCAAGCCCUGGUGGGGCUCAAUCAUCCCGAGUAUGACCCCAAGCCAUACCAAGGAACUCUCCUCGUUUUCGCCAUGGUACUCAUCGUGUACAUUGUGAACAUGUGGGGAGCGCAGAUCUGGCCCACGAUCCAAAAUGGACUGUUCGUUCUCCACGUACUUGGAUUCUUGGUUACCAUCAUCGUGCUCUGGGUUAUGGCUCCUCAUCAAUCCGCAAAGGCGGUUUUCACUCAAUUCACCAACUCUGGCGGCUGGUCCUCGAUGGGCGUGAGUCUCAUGGUUGGCCAGAUCACCUCUAUCUAUUCGUUGCUCGGUUCUGAUGCAACGGCGCAUAUGGCUGAAGAAGUACGUGACGCAGGUCGCUACGUCCCGAUCUCACUCUUCUGGAGCUACGUAGGCAACGGCGUUGUUGCCAUCAUCUUCCUCAUCACCUAUCUUUUCUCCAUUGCCAGCGUCGAGGAUGCGCUCAACGACCCUUCCGGCUACCCAUUCCUUUACGUGUUGAAAUCGGCAGUUCCCACUUCUGGAGUCAACGCCCUCACUAUCAUACUUCUCAUUCUCGUCAUUGCUGCCAACAUCUCCUUCAACGCGUCCACGGCUCGCCAGACAUUCGCCUUCGCGCGAGACAAAGGCCUCCCAUUCUCGAAAUGGAUUGGCAAAGUCGAUAACGAGAUACCUGGCAAUGCUAUCGCCCUCACUUGCAUAAUCACGGCCCUACUUUCUCUCAUCAAUAUCGGCUCAGACGUCGCUUUCAACGCCAUUAUAUCCCUCCAAGUCGUCGCAAUCAUGAUCAGUUACAUGGUCAGUGUGGGAUGCGUCCUGUAUCGACGCGUGUUCUACCCCGAGAUGCUGCCUACGGCACGGUGGAGUCUUGGGCGCUGGGGUGUGCUGGUCAACUCGCUCGGUCUGGCGUAUGUCACCUUCACUUUCUUCUGGAGUUUCUGGCCUACGACGACGCCGGUUGAUGUGGCGAGUUUUAACUGGAGUGUUGUUAUGUUUGUGGGUGUCUUCAUCAUUUGCAUUGUUAUGUAUUUCGUUCAGGGGAAGAAGGUUUACUUUGGGCCGGUUAAGCAGAUAAGGGCCGCACGUCUGGAGUAAGUAAGACGGAGUAGCUUCUUGGAGCUAAAGUUCAAUGCGACACGGGAACGUCUUUCAGUGUACUUUAGAUGAUACAACUUCAAAGGCGGUAGUUAGCUAGGGAUGAAUAAUACUCUUGGU